AUCUGAUGUUCAGGUCAAACGUUGUUCGGACGUCCAUGUUCCUGAAUAAAAGUGUGCGUCUGCAUGCGCGUAGAGGCGACAUGGAUUUCAACUUGACACGUUUUGGGCGCGACGCGCACGGCCACGGCGCACUGGCGCAGCUACUUUUGGGGAAUCACUCUUUCCUUUACAACAGCACAGCCGACCUCGACCAGGAGGACUUGGAAGUGAACACGGACGCGUACUCCAAAGUGAUCGUGACCAUCAUCUACCUGCUUCUGUUCACCGUGGGCUUGCUGGGCAACUCCAUCACCUUGUACGCCCUCCUGAGCAAAAAGAGUCUGCAGAACCUGCAAAGCACCGUCCACUACCACCUGGCCAGCCUGGCCGUGUCCGACCUGCUCAUCCUGGUCCUCUCCAUGCCCAUCGAGCUGUACAACUUCAUCUGGUUCCACCACCCGUGGGUGUUCGGGGACGCAGUGUGCCGCGGCUACUACUUCCUCCGGGACAGUUGCUCGUACGCCACCGCUUUCAACAUCGCCUCGCUGAGCGUGGAGCGCUACAUGGCCAUCUGCCAUCCGUUCAAAGCCAAGAGCAUCAUGUCCCGCAGCCGCACCAAGAAGCUGAUCAGCGGCAUGUGGCUCGCUUCCUUCGCGCUGGCCACGCCAAUGCUCUUCAUCAUGGGCCAGGAGGCGCGUCAGGGCGAGAACAUCUGCACCGCCACCGUGGCCCCUGUCACCAUGAAGACGGUGCUCCAGGUGAAUGCCUUCUUGUCCUUUGUGGUACCCAUGGUGGCCAUUUCCGCGCUGAACGGGAUCAUCGCCAAUCAACUGUUGCGAAUGUUCCAUGAGGCAGACCAAGACAACCGUGUCUGCAUCGUUGGUGGGAAUCCCACAAUGCUCAACGUCUCAGUGGAGCCCAAUCGUGCUCAGUCACUUCGCCAUGGGGUUCUUGUUCUUCGAGCAGUGGUCAUGGCCUUUGUGGUCUGCUGGCUGCCUUACCACGCCCGCCGCCUCAUGUUCUGCUACGUCUCUGACUGGUCCGAUAACUUGUACGACUUCUACCACUACUUCUACAUGCUGACCAACGUCCUGUUCUACGUCAGCUCGGCCAUCAACCCCAUCCUCUACAACUUGGUGUCAGCCCCCUUCCGCCAGAUCUUCUUCUCCACGCUGCGCUACUUCUGCAUGCCCUACCGUCACGUCCCCAGAAGGCACCCCGGCCCUCUGACCCGCCACUCACUCAGCAUCUCCAGCAACCACACACUCUCCACAAACAUCAUCAAGGAGACGGCCUACUGAUUCCAUUGGAACACAUCGCAGUAACACCACCACCCUUUCCCAUUUUAUGAUUACUAGUCAUCUCUGUCAUGGAUUUGGAGAUAAUCCACAACUUGAACCCUUAUUGCGAACAGUUGUGAAAUAAACAUCUGCUCGCUUUAGUGUGUUGCUUACAACUCUGAACAGGAACGUUAGCGAUGAUGCUAACGCGACAACACCACUGUGUCCUGGCUGAUCCACUAGUUGUAUAAACCACUAAAAUUGGUGAUCAAGGAGUUGCAAUGACAAAGGCGCUCUUAUUUUUAAUUUUCAUUGUCAGUGCAGCAUCUACAUGAUAUACAUUUUCGGACAAAUUUAUUACACAUCAUUGUAGCUUAACCAUCCACACUUUUGUUUACACAUUAUCAGAGGUGUGGACUCGAGUUACAUGACUUGGGCUCAAAUCAGACUCAAGUCAUGAAUUUGAUAACUUUAAACUCGACUUCACAAUAUGUUACAAGACUUGCAACCUGACUUGGACUUGAACAGCAAUGACUUAUGACUUCACUUGGACUUGAACCUAUUGACUUGAAAAUACUUGCUGAUUUAACCAAAGCACUGAGAAACCAAAAUUCAUAACUUCUCUACACUAUAUGUAUCACUUAUUGUUAUACUACAGCAAAACAUGACAAGUGACAAAAUAAUGCUGCGCAUCUUACUGAUAAUUUAUUAGGUCAGAGUGUACCAUGCUAUCAUUGCUAAAAUUUGUUCUUAUUAUCUUCAGACAAGUUACCGCCCUGAUGGGCAUCCAUCCAUCCAUCCAUUUUCUGAGCCGCUUCUCCUCACUAGGGUCGCGGGCGUGCUGGAGCCUAUCCCAGCUGUCAUCGGGCAGGAGGCGGGGUACACCCUGAACUGGUUGCCAGCCAAUCGCAGGGCACAUAGAAACUAACAACCAUUCGCACACACAGUCAUGCCUACGGGCAAUUUAGAGUCUCCAAUGAAUGCAUGUUUUUGGGAUGUGGGAGGAAACCGGAGUGCCCGGAGAAAACCCACGCAGGCACGGGGAGAACAUGCAAACUCCACACAGGCGGGGACGGGGAUUGAACCCCGCACCUCAGAACUGUGAGGCUAACGCUCUAACCAGUCGGCCACCGUGCCGCCCCCUGAUGGGCACUCUCUUGUAAAAAAAAAAAUAAUAAUAAUAAAUGAUCAAGAGGUCAUUCUCUCACACAGUCUUCUUCUUUCCCAUUCGGCUUGUCCCUUUAGGGGUCACCACAGCGCGUCAUCCUUUUCCAUGUAAGCCUAUCUCCUGCAUCCUCCUCUCGAACACCAACUGCCCUCAUGUCUUCCCUCACGACAUCCAUCAACCUUCUCUUUGGUCUUCCUCUCGCUCUCUUGCCUGGCAGCUCCAUCCUCAUCAUCCUUCUACCAAUAUACUCACUAUUUCUCCUCUGGAUGUGACCAAACCAUCGAAGUCUGCUCUCUCUAACUUUGUCUCCAAAACAUCGAACCUUGGCUGUCCCUCUGAUGAGCUCAUUUCUAAUUUUAUCCAACCUGGUCACUCCGAGAGCGAACCUAAACAUUUUCAUUUCCACCACCUCCAGCUCUGCUUCCUGUUGUCUCUUCAGUGCCACUGUCUCUAAUCCGUGCAUCAUGGCUGGCCUCACCACUGUUUUAUAAACUUUGCCCUUCAUCCUAGCAGAGACUCUUCUGUCACAUAACACACCUGACACCUUCCUCCACCCGUUCCAACCUGCUUGGACCCGUUUCUUCACUUCCUGACCACACUCACCAUUGCUCUGGACGGUUGACCCCAAGUAUCUAAAGUCCUCCACCCUUGCUAUCUCUUCUCACUGUAGCCUCACUCUUCCCCCACCACCCGUCUCAUUCAUGCACAUAUAUUCUGUCUUACUUCGGCUAAUCUUCAUUCCUCUGCUUUGCAGUGCAUGCCUCCAUUUUUCUAACUGUUCCUCCACCUGCUCCCUGCUUUCACUGCAGAUCACAAUGUCAUCUGCAAACAUCAUGGUCCACGCGGAUUCCAGUCUAACCUCAUCUGUCAGCCUAUCCAUCACCACUGCAAACAGGAAGGGGCUCAGGGCUGAUCCCUGUUGCAGUCCCACCUCCACCUUAAAUUCGUCUGUCACACCUACAGCACACGCUGUUCUGCUGCCCUCGUACAUGUCCUAUAGUAUUCUAACAUACUUCUCUGCCACUCCAGACUUCCGCAUGCAGUACCACAGUUCCUCUCUGGGUACUCUGACAUAGGCUUUCUCUAGAUCUACAAAGACACAAUGUAGCUCCUUCUAACCUUCUCUGUACUUUUCCAUCAACAUCCUCAAGGCAAAUAAUGCAUCUGUGGUACUCUUUCUAGGCAUGAAAACAUACUGUUGCUUGCAAAUACGCACUUCUGUCCUGAGUCUAGCCUCCACUACUCUUUCCCAUAACUUCAUUGUGUGGCUCAUCAACUUUAUUCCUCUAUAGUUCCCACAGCGCUCCACAUCACCCUUGUUCUUAAAAAUGGGCACCAGCACACUUUUCCUCCAUUCCUCAGGCAUCUUCUCACGCGCUAUAAUUCUGUUGAACAAGCUGGUCAAAAACUCCACAGCCACCUCACCUAGAUGCUUCCAUACGUCCACAGGAAUGUCAUCAGGACCAACUGCCUUUCCAUUUUUCAUCCUCUUUAAUGCCUUUCUAACUUCCCCCUUACUAAUCAUUGCCACUUCCUGGUCCACCACACUUGCCUCUUCUACUCUCCCUUCUCUCUCAUUUUCCUCAUUCAUCAACUCCUCGAAGUAUUCUCUCCAUCUAUCUUGCACCAGUCAACAUAUUUCCAUCUCUAUCCUUAAUCACCCUAACCUGCUGCACAUCCUUUCCAUCUCUAUCCUUCUGUCUGGUCAGCCUGUAUAGAUCCUUUUCUCCUUCUUUAGUGUCGGUAGGAUAUUCGACAUGAAGCUACAUUCUUGAUUCCUCUUCGUGUCGUGUUCUUCUUCGCCUCUUUUUGACGUAAUAUUUUUACGUAGUGCGGCCUAGUGUUCCAACUGAGAUACCACAGUUGGAUAAAAUUGUGCCUUUUUAACAAGAUGAUAAACUUGUGUUCUUUUUUUAAAUUGCCUUAUGUUUUUGAUAAUCACAAGAAAUGCCUAUUAAUAUUUGUUUGAAAUUGCCUCACUAGAAAUGUUUGUAGACAAGAACAUGGUUCAAUGCCCUUGUUUUAAAGUGGCGCACGGUGGACGACUGGUUAGAGCGUCUGCCUCACAGUUCUGAGGACCGGGUUUCAAUCCCCGGCCCCUCCUGUGUGGAGUUUGCAUGUUCUCCCCGUGCCUGCGUGG